CGACUAUACAUCGCGUGAACGAAGGAGAUAUGAUAUUCUAAUAUGCUUUUCAAAGAUAGCCAAGAUGCUUUACUGUCUCCCUACUACAUGGUCUCCGUGGACGCAAAGUAUUUAAGUCUUCUUGACAUUGUCCUUACAAUCAGAACUCUUAAAGUUUUCGUCAGGUGUGAAUGCGUAUAGAUGCUCUUUACACUAAAAUUAUUUUUGAGGGUUGUUAAAGCAAUUAAUCACCUUUGUAUUCCAAAUCCAUUUUUAUUUCAUACAUCGUUUGUGUUUUAAUAUUUUUAUUAUUUAUCUUGUGAUCGCGAAUUAUUUCCGUACGUUUAUGAAAAAUUUGACGGCUUUGAAAAUUGAACGGCUAAAUUUGACAAAAAAAAAAAAGAACUUGACUCCAGCACAAAUAAAAAACUGUACUGCACUGAUUAGAAUAAUUGUUAGAAUAGUUGACGAAAAUGUUUAUUAUUAUAUUGUUACUUGUUUUCAUAGUAUGUUUUGUGUAUUACGUGCAAUAUGGAUCAAAUAAACAUUUAAUCAAUAAAAUACCAGGACCACCAAGUUAUCCAAUUAUUGGUCAUAUAUUGCUAGGACUAUGUUCACGAGAGGAUAUCUGGAAGACUUUCUUUAAUUUAAGUGAUCAGUAUUAUCCUAUUUUUAAAUUAUGGGCUUUUUUUAUACCUAUGGUAUCUAUUCGUCAUCCUAAUGAUCUGGAGUUAAUACUUAACAAUAGAAAACACAUUAACAAGGGUCCGAUUUAUAACAAAUUAAGUCCUUGGCUUGGUACAAGUCUUGUUCUCAGUACAGACUCCAAAUGGCAAUCACGGAGGAAGCUAUUAACCCCAACAUUUCAUUUUAAUAUAUUACAACAAUUUACUAAGAUUUUAAUCGAAGAAAGCGAGAGUAUAACAAUGUCUUUGAAAAAUGCAGGAGGUGUUAUUACAAAAGAUUUAAUACCAUUUAUUAGUGAACACACAUUGAAUAUAAUAUGUGAAACAGCAAUGGGGACUUCUCUGCAAGGAAUGGAUUUAUUUCAACAACAAUAUCGAAAAGCAGUUCAUCGAAUGGGUGAGCUUUUUAUUUACAGGAUACUAAGACCAUGGUUAUAUAACGAUUGGAUAUUCUCGUUAACGCCAACAGGCAGAGAACAAAGAAAGGUUUUGAAGAUAUUGCACGGAUUUACUGAGAAGAUUAUUGCAAAAAGGAAAGAUUAUCAUAAACAUCAUGGACAAUAUUUAAGGAAUCUUAGCGAAGGAACAGUUGAUGCAGAAACUAUUGGAAUGGAGAAAAAACGGCUCGCUAUAUUGGAUCUUUUAAUAUUGGCAUCUGAAGAAGGUCUUUUAACCGAUACCGAUAUAAGAGAGGAAGUCACCGUUUUUAUUUUUGCGGGUUAUGAUACUACAUCAUUAGCUAUAUCCUUUACUUUAUCACUCCUGGCCGAACAUAAAGAUAUUCAGGAUUGUGUCAGAAAGGAAGUCGAUCUUAUUAUGCAAGAAAAUCAAGGAAAACUUACCAUGAAUUCGUUGCAAAAUCUACAAUAUUUAGAGAGAUGUAUAAAGGAAACAUUACGUUUAUAUCCAGUUCAUUUUAUAGCACGAGUUACUUCGGAAAAGAUACAAUUAAACUCAUAUUUAAUACCUGCUAAAACAAUAGUACAUCUUAAUAUACAUGAUGUUCAUAGAGAUCCUAAUUUUUGGCCAAAUCCAGAAAUAUUUGAUCCAGAUAGAUUUUUACCUGAAAAUUGUCGAAAUCGUCAUCCCUAUUCCUAUGUACCAUUUAGUGCUGGACCACGUAAUUGCAUUGGUCAACGAUUUGCUUUGCUGGAAAUAAAAGCGAUGGUAGCCUAUUUGAUUCACAAUUUCUAUUUGGAACCAGAGGAUUAUUUAAAGGACUUACGAAUGGAAAUGGAUUUAUUGCUUCACCCUAUACAUCCGCAUCGUAUAAAAUUUGUUCCAAUCGUCAAAAAGUGCACAUAAGUAGUAGUAGUAAUAGUAUAAGUUUAUUGAUUUCUUUAGGAUUACAAUUCAUUACAAACACAUAUUUAACCUUAAUCUAAUCUCUAAAUCAAGGUUGGAUAGUAACUAGAUAAAAAGUUGAAAGUUAAUAAUAAAGUUAGAAAGUUAAUAACUUUUAAUUUAAUUUAGUUAAUUUUAAAUAAUUGAACCAAUAUUAUUGGUUAAACAAAUUGGUUAAAUAAAGUGAAGCGUCUAUUUUAUAAAUUGGAUUAUUGCAUUUAUUCAAUCUUGCACUAAUGUUUUGUAUAUAGUAAUGUAGGCAUAUAUAUAUAUAUAUAUAUAUA